AUGUCUUCCCUCGCGUCCCACUCGGCCGACGAGGCCGUCCGAGCCUCAGCAAAGCGAACCGCCGAUCUCUUUGGUACAGAUUACCUGAUGGUCAACCCUACGACAUUAGCGGAUGAGUCAAUCGGUAUCUCCUACCGACGCAAAACAGAAUAUGGUGACGUGCAAGAAUUGCCCCGCGCACUCGCAGAGCUACAGGCCAAGGCCGCCGCGGGACGCACGAAACGACCUAAGAUCCAACCACAGACGCAACAAGCAUCCGGUGAUGGAAGCGGAGCAUCGAUGUCACUUGUGAAGAGGCCAGCGGCUCUGGGUGCUGGAGCAGGUGCUGCAGGCGCUGGAGAGCAGCCAAAGAGUCUGAUCCAGAGACCUUCAGCGACGAAGCAACAGAAGCCGGAUUGGCACGCGCCGUGGAAGUUGAUGCGUGUGAUCUCAGGUCACUUGGGAUGGGUGCGUGCUCUUGCCGUGGAGCCCAACAACCAGUGGUUUGCUAGUGGAGCUGGUGAUCGUACAAUCAAAAUUUGGGAUAUGGCGACAGGUUCUCUGCGUCUCACGCUAACGGGUCACAUCUCCACUGUUCGUGGAUUGGCGGUGUCCCCGCGUCAUCCAUACCUUUUCUCGUGUGGUGAAGAUAAGAUGGUCAAAUGCUGGGACUUGGAGACCAAUAAGGUUAUUCGUCACUACCAUGGUCAUCUGAGUGGUGUGUACACUCUGGACUUGCAUCCUCGUCUUGACUUACUAGUUACUGGUGGUCGUGACGGUGUGUGUCGUGUGUGGGAUAUGCGUACGAGAAGCAAUGUCCACGUUUUGGCUGGCCACAAGGGCACUGUCGCAGACGUGAAGUGUCAAGAGGCCGACCCGCAGAUUAUCUCUGGUUCCCUCGAUGCUACAGUACGACUUUGGGAUUUGGCUGCUGGUAAAUCCAUGGGCGUCUUGACACAUCACAAAAAGGGUAUCCGAGGACUCGCUAUUCAUCCGUCCGAAUUCACUUUCGCUAGCGCUAGCACAGGAAGCAUCAAGCAGUGGAAGUGCCCCGAAGGUGACUUUAUGCAGAACUUCGAAGGACAGAAUGCCGUUAUCAAUACUCUUUCUGUCAACAACGAGAACGUCAUGUUUUCGGGUGGUGACAAUGGUUCCAUGUCCUUCUGGGAUUGGAAGACUGGUCACCAAUUCCAGUCUAUGGAAACCACUGCUCAGCCUGGUUCACUGGAGGCCGAGGCUGGUGUUAUGACCUCGACCUUUGACCGCACAGGUCUCCGUCUCAUUACUGGUGAGGCCGAUAAGACAAUUAAGAUCUGGAAGGAGGAUGAAAAUGCUACGCCUGAGACUCACCCUGUUACUUGGGCACCUACUCUGGGUAGGCAGCGGUAUUAG